AUGGAAAUUGGAGGUAAUAAAUGUGAGAUAUCUGUAAAAUGGAGACACCCGUCCACUGACGCACAUCUUAUUGUUGGUUAUGAGGUUCAGUUGUAUUCUCUUCAUUAUUACUCUUGGAGACAUGAAGAAACCAAUCAUCUUGGAAAUCUCACAGAAUAUGCAACAUCGUGUAAACAUAAUCCAGGUCGUGGAUAUUACUUUGUAAUCAGAUCUAAAAUUCUACUCAGUAACCCAACAGAGACCAUUUAUGAGCAAAGGAGUUCAUCGAAAAUUGUAUUAGAUUUAUACCCACCAGGAAAAAUAGACAGAAAAUUAAGCAAUUUCUCCGCAAACAAUCUCUAUUUAACUUGGCAAAGACCAGCACAAAACACAAUACUGAAUCAUUACAAAGUUAUUAUUAAUGGUCAUCAAGAACAAACUUACGGCAGUUUUCCACAGAUAUACUGGCCUAAGAAAUUGAAUCCUGGUUCAAUUUACAACGUCACAAUAACUGCAGUCAGUUAUGGUUCCAUCGCUAGCGGUAUAUGGGCUGGACAAAAAGAAAGUGAGGCCUUUCUGGAUUGGAUAGAAACAGAUGAAUCCGACAUAGACACGUAUGCCUAUAUGCCAUAUGGUGAGAGAGAUGAGGUGUUACGAGGGGAUGACGUAACAUCACAUCAUCUAAAGGCUCCCACGACAUUAUAUGUAGGGGAUGGAUCAGAGGGUGGAUUUACUUCAGUCGUUAUUGGCACAAAUGGGAUAAUAGGCCUUGGAGAGGAAUUUAAUAGUAUCACAAUACAUGAAAUUAACACUGCAGAUUUGAGGGACAAACGAAUAAUUUGUCCUUUUUGGACAGAUCUAUUGACGGUGGAUGCUACUGGAAAUGUUUAUUUCAAGGCAUAUCAAAGGGGGAUAAAUGCCGAAAAUGACUUGUUCCUAAGAAAAGCAAAUGAAAUAAUUCGACUGCAGUUUGGAGAUUUUCCUCAUUUUGAGGCGACUUGGCUUGUCAAAGUUACAUGGGAAAAUAUGACAUUAUUCGGAGAUAAGUCUCAGGUAGUGACUUUCCAAAAUCUUUUAAUAACAGAUGGGAUGAGUACUUUUACAGUAAUUAAUUAUAUAGAUGUUAAUCUAAAACCAAUCAAGAAGAAACAAAUAACCAUCGGAUAUCAGUAUAAAAAGGAAUAUCGAAAAAACUCUUUUUCAAACAAAAAUGCAGCUUUCCGAAUGAGUAAAAAUCCAGGAAACAGAGGAGCAGGGGGAUUUUGGAUUUAUAAGAUGACGACCGGAAUCCCCCCUAACAAAGACGAGAGAGAAUGCUUUGAUUGGUAUACUCAAAACAAAGAGCGAGACAUGUAUACAAAUCUGUCUCCUAUUUUGAGUCUAAUCGAAUGCCCAUGUGAUAGUCGACUGCUGAGGUUCGACCCACGUUAUGCUAUCAGUAGAUUUGAUAGAACAAACAGAGUACUUUGCUAUUCCUCCAUGACAGUGGGAAGGAAUGCUGAAUGUUGUUUCAGAAUGCAUGGAUCAAUUGAUAAUUUGAGUACAUUGGAGAGAUUUCUACCCGCCGCAGGAACACUUCUGGAGUAUAAUCCAUUCUUUGAACGACAACUGUAUAGUCAAAGUGACCUUAAACCCAAAGAGGCCUGUUGUAAGUCAGGACACUGUCAUUGGUACUACGAAGUUCGUCCAAUCCCACGCUGCUAUUGGAGGUCACCAUUUCAACCUGGCGUAAAUUUUGGUGACCCCCACAUUUUUACACUCGACGGUAAAAACUAUACAUUUAAUGGCUUUGGAGAGUAUACAAUGAUGAAAAUAAUUAAAGAAUCGACAAAGUUUGACUUCCAGGCGAGAACGGAAUUAGCCACCACAGCAAACGGGACGACCAUUAAUGCAACGGUGUUCAGUGCAUUUGUUGCUCAGGACCAUACUGGGUCAAAAGUGCAGAUAGACAUGACUCGGGAUAAGACAAAAAUGAUAAUAAGAGUGAACGGAAAUGAUCUAACCAGGGAGUUUGAAAAUGCAAACUAUACACUUCUCACACAAAAUUUAUCAGUACGCUGGGAAAAUCAAACAAUAUCAGCAUCCUUUCUCCAGUCGUCUAUUAUAUUAAAAGUCAGUUUGGGUGUACGCUUUCUUAUUUCGGAGACAGUCGUGGAUGAAGCGUACAAGGGAUUAACAAAAGGUUUAAUGGGCAACUUUGACGGAAAAAUUGACAAUGAAUUUAUUCUUCCUAAUGGAACUACUUUGAAUGAAGGUGCAACAAAAACAGAGAGAGACAUCUACUUCAACUUCGGUCAGCAAUGGCUUGUCGGUAACGAUUCUUUAUUUACUUAUGGAAGGGGAUUAACAUACAAAAACUUCUCUCAUCCCGAGUUUGAACCAUUAUUUGUGGAUGAAGCAGAUGAAGAAAAAUUAAAUGAAGCGAAAAAGAGCUGUGGACCAAAUCCGUCACAAGCGUGUAUAUUUGAUUUUCUUGCAACUGGGGAUAUUGCACUCGCUGAAUCUUCCGGAACUGAGGAAACGGUAUCAAAAGCCGAUAUCAAGCUUAUUGAAAAUGAAACACCCAGGAUAUCUGGAACCACAUCCAUUAAUGUUGAGGUUGGCAAUUCUGUAGAACUCUUCUUUAAUUAUACCGAUGAUGGCGACCAAAGGCCUAAAUAUAAUAUCUUAAAACAACCAGAAAAUUUUCUUUUAAAUCAAACAACAGGAAUAGCAAAAUGGACACCAAGAAAUAUAAGUGUGGCAGAAAUAAGCAUUAGUGUAGUAGAUGAGUUAGGAGCCGAGUCACCGUCUCUGGAUGUCUCCAUUGUCUGUUGUGGAGGCUGCUUACACGGAGGCCGCUGUGACUACGAAAACAUUAUACAGACAGAAAAAGUUCUGUUUAAUCAAGCAGUGUGUGUCUGCGAAAUAGGUUACUCUGGGGACAGAUGUGAAACGAAUACAGAUGCCUGUCUCUCUGGUCCAUGUCCUUUAAACAGGGAAUGCAUUGACCUCACUCCAGAGGAAGAGUUCAUAUUGGGUCGAGGAUACAACUGCUCAGACUGUCCAUCUGGCUUUGUGGAUGUUGAAAAUAAAUGUGAAGAUAUUGAUGAGUGUGGAAACAAUGGCACAAACACUUGCAAUCCUGCAUCAGAAAUAUGCGAGAACACGGAGGGCAGUUUUGUAUGUAACUGCAUCGCAGGUUACAGAGAGGAAAAUAACAGCUGUAUAGAUAUCGACGAGUGUGAUGUAGGAGUAUCAAGAUGUGAGAGUAUUUGUGAAAAUACCCCAGGAUCAUUCAAAUGCCAAUGUCAUCCGGGAUUUUCCUUAAAUGAUGACAACGUUACAUGCCAUAGAACAGACAAAGAUCCAUGUAAAGAGUUCGACAACCAUUGUGAAUACACCUGUAAUUCGAAAGGACAAUGUAUCUGUCCAAUUGGUUAUCAACUUCACAAGAAUGGAAUGAAUUGUACAGAUAUUGAUGAGUGUAGUGUACAACCUUCUCUGUGUCAACAAAACUGUAUUAACAUAAAUGGCUCCUUCCUGUGUUCCUGUUCGCCGGGGUAUACACUUAAUGAGGACAAAUUAUCAUGUACAGAGUGUGAAGAACCAAACUACGGAGACAAUUGUAGCCAAAUAUGUACCUGUGGACCAGGUAUGGACAGGUGUAACCCAUUAAGUGGCUGUGUCUGUCUGCCAGGAUGGAUGGGGGAAAAUUGUACUGAAGACAUUGAUGAGUGUGAUACAGACCAAUCUAUCUGUGGAUAUGAGGUGUGUGAAAACCUGGAAGGAUCCUACCAGUGUAACUGUAAGGAGGGCUUUCAGAGAAAUCAAAGCAGUUGUGAAGACAUCGAUGAGUGUUCUGAUGACAGCUUAUAUAACUGCCCAGAAAACACAAAGUGUGAAAACCUGUAUGGAAAUUACACGUGCGCUUGCUCGAAAGGAUAUCUUAACAUAGAUUCUAUAUGCAAAGAUGUUGAUGAAUGUGAUAAUGGUAACCAUGACUGUCCUCAGCUUUGUAUCAAUACCAUCGGAGGAUUUAAUUGCGAUUGUGAAUUUGGGUAUGAGCUCACUAAUGACCGUAGACACUGUGAGAAACUUUUAGACAUGUGUCAGCUCUUUCCGGAUUUAAACUGUAGCUAUGGCUGUGCAAUCAAAGAGGAAGCGGAUAAAUCAUUUAAAGGAUUUUGUUUUUGCGAAUCUGGAUUUAAACUUGAUAAAGAUAACAGCACAUGUAUAGAUAUAAAUGAGUGUGCAAUACCUUCUUUAGUAUGUGAACACAAUUGUACAAAUGUCCAGGGUUCCUUUGAAUGCGGAUGUUCCAUUGGAUACUUACUGCAAAACGAUGGAAGGUCCUGUAAAGCUUGUGUAGAUGGGAGGUAUGGAGAGGAUUGCUCUAGAGACUGUAAAUGUGGCAUAGGAUCCGAGAGAUGUCACCAUGUUAACGGGUGUGUCUGUAAAGGGGGUUGGGAGGGAAUGUUUUGUGACACUGAUGUUAACGAAUGUAACAGUAGCAGCAGUCCUUGUUUAGACGUCAACGAAGUAUGUAUCAAUACGAACGGAUCUUACAUGUGUAAAUGCAGGGAGGGAUAUGAAAAAUCGGCAACAAACAGUUGCAUUGACAUCAAUGAAUGUGAAGAACAAUCUCCUUGUGCUCACAACUGUACAAACACUAAUGGAAGUUACAUGUGUACAUGUGAUGAUGGAUAUGAGUUGGUAGAUUUAAGUAACUGCUCAGAUAUUGACGAAUGUCUUGUGCAUGUAUGUCACAUUUGCUCUAAUUGGGCUGGAGGAUUUGAUUGUUCAUGCUAUGAAGGCUAUUCAUUAAACAUAUCAACUCUUUCAUGUCAUAAUAUCAAUGAAUGUGAAGAAAAUAUCCACAACUGCUCAGAUAAUGCUACCUGUCAUGACACUGACGGGGGAUAUAGCUGUACUUGUUUCAAAGGAUUUGAAGGAAGCGGAAAAAAUUGCACAGUUUGUGGAGACUCUACUUUUGGUGUCCAGUGCUCUGAAACAUGUGAAUGUGUUCCAAACAAUACAGAUGUCUGUAAUCAUGUAAAUGGGUCAUGUCAAUGUAAAAACGGAUGGAUUGGUCAACAUUGUUCAGAAGAUGUUAAUGAAUGUGAACAACAGCUACCUAUAUGUAACGAAACCUUAAAUCAAUUUUGUUUCAACACUGAAGGAUCUGCUGUGUGUGAAUGUCGUUACGGUGGAUUGGAUAUUAAUAACUGCACUGCUCCUUUACCACCGCGGAAUGAGACUGACGAUGAAACCAAAGUGAAAGUAGAAAUUAAAUUUGAUGUCGAAUACGACAAAAACGAAGUUUUAGCUCAGCCUGAAAGGUGGAAAAAUCAAAUUGCAGAAAAGCUGAAUGAUUUCUACAAAAGAUCUAUUCGAGGUUUUACCGAAGUUAUCGUGUUGUCAAUUCGAUUUGGGAGCAUUAUAGCUGAUCAUGAAAUCUUUGCAAGUAACACUGACGCAAAAUCAUUGAAAACGGAUAUUGCUAAUGGAUUGGUAAUACUUGCUCGACAGGAUACGAGUUUUACACUUUUCAACAAAAGUGUUGAGGUGAAAGAUAUAGUGCUGAAGCACCCAAAUGGAACUGAUGAUAAACAUAUUUCUUCGACAUCCAAACCGUGUUCAAUUUUCGACACCAAAGAGUAUUGCACAGGCGCAGAGAUCUGUUCGGACGAGUCCGGCAUAGCAGUUUGUGUGUAG